AUGUUUUUCAGGGUCAGGCAUCAGAAAAUGGUACAUGUGUACCUACUUGUACUUGUGAUACUAGGAAUUUUAGUAGUAUUGGGUGCAAUGAUUGCAUACCACGCAUUGUUACGUGAACAACAUUUUCAAAUUCAAGUAGCUGUAGCCAAGUUGGCAAGUGGCGAUAGUAAUUACCGGAAUUUUGAUUCAUCCGCCUCACAGUACCACCAAAACUCUGUCAUGAUUCUAGAAGAACAAAAGCCUCUGGUAAUCUACAAUAGGGUGCCCAAGACCGGAUCCACAAGUUUUGUCAAUGUGGCCUAUGACCUGCAUUCUUAUAAUGCAUUUCGGGUCCUUCAUGUCAAUGUUACGGGCAACUCGCAUUUGCUUUCCAUCUACGAUCAGUUCCGGUUCAUUGACAAUACUACACGUUGGAUGCGGCCCGCAUUUUAUCAUGGCCAUUUUGCAUAUAUUGAUUUUGAGAGAUAUGGGUACAAGAAGCCAUAUUAUGUUCAAUUGUUACGCAAACCUUUGGAUAGGUUGGUUUCGUAUUACUAUUUCCUACGGUACGGUGAUGAUUAUAGACCACAUCUUGUGCGCAAAAAGCAUAUGGACUCAUCGACAACAUUUGAUGAGUGUGUUGAGCGCGGUGGAUCAGAUUGUCAAGCAAAUCUUCUGUGGUUACAAAUUCCUUUCCUGUGCGGUCAAUCAGCCGACUGUUGGAUUCCAGGAAGUGAGUGGGCAUUGCGACAGGCCAAACGUAAUGUUCUUGAAAAAUACACUUUAGUGGGAGUCACCGAAAAAAUGGGAGAAUAUCUACAGAUGCUUGAACUCGUGAUUCCUGGUGGGAUGUUUCGCAAUGCUUCUGAACAUUUCAAACAUAGCUCCAAGUCACAUCUAAGAAAGACUGCUAAGAAAUAUCCUGUCUCUCGGAAGACCGUACAAAAAUUUCAUGAAUCAACAGUUUGGCAAAUGGAAAAUGAACUAUAUGCAUUUGUUGCCAGAGAGUUUGCUUUUGCAUAUGGUAAGCAGUUUCCAAACAUUUCAUCAGGAGUUUCUGGUACUAUGAAAAAACAUUUGAAAAUUAGUGCCAUACCUCCACCUAGUUUCCGAUAUGAAAAAAUAUAUCCAAAGCCAUCAAAUCAACAUAAAAAGAAAAAAAACACUGCCCGUGUGUAA